CAUGAACAUUUGCGAAUCGUGCUUGGCUCACUGUUGUUAGCGCCUAACUGCAUUCAUUCAACCCAGAAUUGAUUCUCAGAAAAGCGGAACAUGUGACAGAGAAAAUAAGGAGGUAACGUUAUAUAAACACAGUGAAAGUGAUACAGACUUCUGUUCAAACCUUCCACCUCACCUCAACCUGAGGCAUCAUGCAUCAUCCAAGCCCCAUGAGCAGUGAGCUGGGCUUGUUGCCUGCCAUGUACUCAUUCCCUGGCCUUAUCAACGUCACUGAAAUCGGGAUCAAUAUUGGCCCUGCAAAUACCUGUCAACACCUGCCGGGAGUGUUGCCCCCAAACACGAGUUGGGAGAGACGAUGCCUGAGAAAGCACAGGAGGAGAGCAGAUGACGAAGGAUGCAGUGCCAAAAAGAGGAGGCUGAUGGAAGAGGCUGGAUGCGAUCCUUUGGAUUACCUCAGCCCCAAAGUGUUUCAUAACUGGCCACCAGGCAACAGCAGCCCUCUACCUGAAUCGUCUAGCCAAGCACUCCCCCAGCCCUGUCUGGGGACUCAGGACCUAGGACUGCCCUUAUCCGGGUCUUCCUCCACUCUGGCCUGUCCAGAAGCAGAAGGCUCCUGCAUGGAGGUGGAGGCAGCACAGAGGAGACUGCAGGAGAUUGAGGAGAGGAUCACCCUGGAGGAUGAUGACGAUGAUGAGGACCUGGAUGUGGAGCCAGCACCCAGGCGGCCCAUGCUGGUGAUGUCUGACAGUCUGAGGGAGGGGCUUCAGCGUGGCAUCAGUGACAUCCUCCCCCACACUUUGGCCCAGUCUGUGAGCCACUCCUGUAUGGAGCUGGUAGUAUGGCGCCCCCCAGAGGUUGCGCUGGCCCGGCGGCUGAAGGACUCCCUACAGAGGCAGAGGAAGCAGCAGAUUACCAGCAGGCAACCCCCGAGCCCUAGUGCCCCUCUGAGUUCCCUCACCCCCACAAACACCCCAGGGGAGAUAUACUCCCCUCUGUAUUGCAGCCCAGGGGCAGGGUCCCACAGCACUGGAGAGGAGGACAUGGAGCUGUAGGGCCUGGGAGAACCAGCAUCAGUUGUGCCGAGAACAGCUACAGCUCUCAGCCUUGGUUCACUUUGUUGACCUUUGAGAAGCCAUGGAGAGGCAGAAAUGACAGCAUAGACAGAUCCAAAAGCUUCAUAGUGAUAUGCGUUCACAUGCUAUCAAGGUUAUCAGAAGUUCCCAGUGGAAAUUUUACUUGAACGACCCUCCAUGUUGGAAUUACAAGUGGGAAACUGAGAAAAUGUUGUUACUCGAGAUGUGAUGUUUCAAAACUGACCGUUUACCUUUUCAAACAAUCAAUUUGACAAAUACAACCUUAUCAAUAUUGAUAAUCUAUCUAGUUUGACCCUAUUGUCAAUGUUAAGCAAACUUGCUAACUUUAUUAUUAGAAAUCUUAGCUAGCUAAAAUCUUAGUGGUUGAAGAAUUGUUAAGACUUCAAAAGGACUUGAACCCAAUCAUGUCGGACUUCCCAGUUUCCCAUUUCUCACGAGCACGUGAAGCCACCGUAUUGAAUGUUCGCUUUGGUUCAAGACCAGACUGUUGGGCAGCAUGGCACGUGUAUGCCACUUGGCCAAAAGAGGGCAAGCAACCCCUUUCUUUGCGUUACAAUCAGAUAAUGCUGGAUUUUAGUCUUUACUAUGAUCCAGGAAAAUAUGCAAUGGGACAAAUUGUAACAAGGACCACAAAGCCACAGUAAUUUACAAAAGACACCUUUUAAAGCUGUAAUAUGUAACCUUUUGGGCGACCUGUCAAAAUUUACAUGGAAAUGUGUGUUAUGAUCUGUCAUUCUCAUUGAAAUCAAGUCUAAAGGUGUCCUCAUGCUUCCCAGCCAAAACAGUUAGGAAGAGUUUGCGCAUAUAUUAUGACAUUUUUAAAUGUUUUUGUUCGUUUUGGACUUCGGUAACGGUUGUUUCGGGCACACGUUUUUUUCUUGAGGCAAGCCGAAGUCUGUAGCCAAAGUCUACACCCCUUCGUCGGUGAUUGGUCAACAGUAAGGAUUCUUCAAUAGUUUUUGUUUUGAUUCAACAAGAGACGACAUGUUUUGCACCAAAUAUCUUAGUUAGAUGUAGAAUUGCGCGACUAAGAUCUCCUUGGGAAAAACGUCAAUUAAUGACAGAUUUCUUGAGUUAUCUUAGAUUAAUUCUGACUAUUUUGAGGAAGUGUAUACGGGCUACGGUGUCUCAAAAUAGAGAAAUGGUACUAUUGCCGCUUUUGACCUGUUUUUCAAGCAACGGUCUUAAGGGAGUAUGCGAGCACACUCGUUCAGUUGGCCUAGCCGAGUUUGGCUAGGCACCAGCUGAACUGAAGCAUGCUGAUGCCUUAAGUGGUAGAUCUGUUCUAUGUGCACUAUUUCUAUGCUUCCCGUUCUUAAGAUUCGUUUUUGUGUCUUACUUUCGGUUUUGCACACAGUUGAAAAUACAAUAUUUUUGGUUAUGGAAAAUAUAUUUAACAGCGGUUUAGAUGGUACAAUGAUUCUAU